AUGGCGGAGAGCAUCCGCGGCACCUAUGGGGAUUGUUGCCUGGCCGACUCGUAUUCGGAAGCAAAUUGCAGAAUUGAUGUCUCUGGCUUGGAUAGCUCGGAACUCGCCACGAUUAGUGGAGACUUGAACCAACGGUGUCAGAGCCAUGGGGUUGCCACCCGUCUGUGCGACCGCUUGAUUUUCGGACGGCUCAACGGAGACUUCAUCUGCGCUGCCGAACUAAAGGGAGGCAGGAACCCGGAAGUCCCGAAGGCAAUCAGCCAGAUUCAGGGAGGGCUGGAACUGGCAAGGUCAAUUUUGCGAAACCGCACCAUCGAGAAAUGGUAUCCGCUGCUGUUCUUUCGAGGCAGAAUGAAGGGCAACGACCUUCGCGCCAUUCAGACAAGAACGGUUUCCUACGGCGGCAAGAGAAAGCUGGUAGACCGCAUCGACUGCGGCUCCAGCCUGCUCGCCUACCUCAAUCGGCAAUAG